AUGGGCGAUGGCGAUGCUGCGUCGGGGAUGGGGAGGAGGUGCCCCAAGCACCCGUCGGAGCCGCCCUUCACCGGCUUCUGCUCCGCCUGCCUCCUCGACAGGCUCCACGCUACCAAUCUAAUUGGUGUGGUUGUGGCCUCCCCUUCCCGGCCGCCGCCGCCGCCGCCGCCUCGUCCGCCUUCGCUUCCCUUCCACCAGGACCCGGAGGAGGAGUUCCCUGCUUCUUGUUCCACAGGGACAACAGGGGAACCGCCAGCGGUGGGGAGAAGGAUAGGGGCAGGGAGAACCACGCUCCUUCGCCUCUUCCAGCUAGAGGACCAAGGAGAGGAGCGUGAGCAGGGCACCGGCACCGGCAUCGACGCCGCCGCCUCCACCAGUGGCGGCGACUUCCAAGAUCCGCCGCCUCACCUCCAGCGCAAGCGCUCCCUUCGUCACUCCUGCAGCGAAUGGAUCGCCUGCUGUGAUGCCGCCGCUGCCAACCAUUCCUCCUGCCUACCCUCCCGUCAGUCCCUGGACGCCUCCUCCUCCACCACCUCUGCCGCAGCUGCUGCUGCUGCUGGUGUGGCGCUGGCGCCUGCUAAUCCACACCCAAACAACGCCGCUGCUUCUGCGGGAAGCAAUUGCGUUGCCAUGGUCGAGAGGAGGACGGGGAGCCUGAGGUGGAACCAACUGUGGCCCAUCAAGGGCUUCCUCGCCAAGCCCGCAGGACAUCUGCUCAACAGGUCCUUCUCCGAGUCCUCCAGGUCAAGGUACGCCCUCCACCCUGGGGGCGCCGCCAUUGCAAGAUCCUCUUCGUCCCAGUCGCAAGGUAUCCGACUCAACGGCAGCCACUCCGUGUCUUCCGCUGGGAAUGGUAUGGACUCUUCUGAGAUAUCACUCCCCGGUGAUUCUGUUGGACAUGCACAUGUCCACCAUUGCCGGCCUCGCCUCAAGGACAGGCUCCACUGGCUCCGCCGCAGCCGCAGUGUUCACUAUUUUUCACCUCCUACCAGCACUGUGGAUGCUGGUCUUACUCCUUUCAGAAGCAGAAGCAGCAGCACCAGGAGCACCACCGCACACAAGAACCACCGAAGGUUUCCUGCUGGCUUCUUUGCUACACAAAGAUAUCAACGCUGA